AUGUGGCCUCUUCGACAGCCUAUUCAAGUAAAGCCAUCGAACAGGCAGCUGAGGGAACCGGAACGCGUACAUAGAUGGGCAGCACUCAGAAGUCUUCUUCUCUAUUGUUUUUUUACUGACCAGAAGUUCCCGAUGAUGUCGAUCCCGUGUAUACUAACUUUCGUUCUGAUAGCAGUUUCUUCGACGGGGUAUACACACGAAAUUCCGGAGUGCCCUGAGAGAAAUCGCGCUUUAAGUGAAAACCUAAGAGAUCAGUUAUUCUCGGGAAUCUUGGCUAAAAAACCUGACUUGAAGUACAACUGUACUUUGGAAUUGACAGCUGCACGUAUGUUGGAGCGAAAAGAUCGUGAAAAAACUAUGGAUACUCUAUCUAAAAACAAGUCCCGUUUAUUUUUCGAAAAAGAAGAUGCCGAUAAUGGUGUUGCAGUCGUGACUAAAACAGCUUUAGAUACGUGGAAAGAUUACUUUUCUCAAUUGGGUCACCGAGAAAGCGUCGGCUGUAACUACGUUUUCGAGGAUAACAAGAAGCACAAGUACAUCUGCCUUUUCGAGUAG